AUGAAAAGGAAUAAUUUGUGGAGAGUGUUCUCGCUUCUUAAUACAUUCAUAAUAAUUUGUAGCGAAGAAAUUCAGAAAGAUGAAACUGAGAAAGGUUUAAAUUGUAUACGUGAAGCACUUUUCGAAAAAUUUAUUUUCUCUAACGAAGUGGAAAAUUGUUGCGAGAAAGCCGUGAAAGAAAACAAUGAAAUUGAGACUUCUUUCCAUGAAAAAGUAUCUGAAGAAUUGCAUAUGGUAUUUGGAAAGAACGUAGAACCUUGUUUAAAAUAUAACAUGAAUAUAAGCGAAUUCUGGAUGUCAAUGUUAUGA